CGGAAAUAUUGCUUAAGCUUUGUCAAACCUACUCGCUAAAAAACAAAUUAUAUUUAAACCAACAAAUCAAAUCAAACACUCCAUGGAAAUGAAGAGGUCGCACAAUAUGGACAACUACAGAUUCGGAACUGCUGACUAUAUUGUGUUUAUAGGUAUGACCACAAUAUCCAUCGCUACAGGACUCUAUUUCGGAUGGAUAAAGAAGAGCAAGAAGAGUGCGGAAAGCACCCCGCCAAAUGUGGUUUUACCGGAACCAACUAAGCAGCACUUCGGAUCGAAGAAGAUGAACGAAUAUCUAAUGGGAUCACGCAAUCUAAAGGUUUUCCCUGUUGGAAUGAGUUUAAUAGCUAGUUUUAUUUCGGGCGUUACAAUGUUGGGCGCACCUUCUGAGAUUUACUAUUUUGGGACUCAAUAUUGUCUAAUUGUCGUAGCAAUUUGUAUCCAAGGACUAGCUGUAUCAUAUAUAUAUUUACCUGUGUUUUCAGCUCUUCAAGUAAGCUCAUCGUUCGAGUACUUGGAGUUGCGUUUUCACUCUAAUAUUCGAAGCAUAGCUUCUAUAUUGUUCAUAAUUGAAGUGAUAUUGUAUAUGCCUUUCCUCGUCUUUGUUCCGGCCCUAGCACUGAAUCAGGCUUCGGGGAUUAAUAUUUAUGUAAUAGAAGUGGUGAUUAUAGUGGUGUGCGCUAUAUAUACCUUAUUGGGCGGCCUUAAGGCGGUGGUCCAUACAGAUAUCUGGCAAGUAGUGAUCAUGUUUAUUUCCGUACUGGUUGUGGCCAUACUGGCGACCUGUUACAUAGACGAUCUAGAUGAUUUAUUUAAAACAUUUGAGGAAGGAGGACGACUUACUUUCGGCAAUAUAAAUCCCUCGCCUUAUGUCCGUAACACCGUUUGGAGUGUCCUUAUCGGUGGCACCUUCUACUGGACUUCAAUUAAUGCGGUGCACCAGUCGAUGGUUCAUCGCUAUAUGUCCCUUCCCUCACUAAAAAUGGCCAGAGCUUCCAUCGCAUUUUUUGUCGUUGGAGCCGUCAUUUUUUACUCGGCUCUUUGCUUUUUGGGUGUACUCAUCUAUUAUACAUAUCAAGAUUGUGAUCCGAUGAGCGCAGGACUAAUCAUGAAUAACGAUCAGCUGGUGCCUCUCUUCGUGGUUCAGACUGUCGGUCAUAUCUAUGGAAUUCCCGGACUAUUUAUAGCCGGUAUUUUUGGAGCCGGGUUAAGUUCCCUCUCUGUGGUCUUGAACUCCACUUCCCUGGUGAUCCUGAAUGACGUAGUCCGUGGUUGUUUUAAGAUGCAACCAGGUGAAAAGGCAUCCACGAUUUUGGUAAAGUCAAGCAUAAUUGUCAUGGGCUUUAUAGCUUUUGCUUUGCUAUUUAUUCUGGAGAAAGUGAGUGGCCUGUUGAGUAUCUGCACGUCGUUAGUGGCCAUCUCAACUAGCUCCUUAUUUGGCCUAUUUACCCUGGGAAUGCUGGUUCCCUGGUCAAAUACAUUGGGCACAGCAGUGGGCGGAAUCACCGGUUUUCUCCUGACCGGAUGGAUAACUUACGGGACGCAAGUUGCGGCGGCAUCAGGACAACUAAAUUCCCAAAGACUGCCGGUGUCCGUUGAAGGUUGUUUGGGCAAUGUAACCCUUCCUGAUCAUGUUUGGGUAGACGAAGAGAAAGUGUUCUCACUCUACCGUCUUUCAUUUCAUUGGAUAAAUCCAAUUGGUGUGCUCACAGUCGUCGUUGUGGGUGCUCUGGUCUCUCUGGUGACCAAGCCCACAGACAUCAAGACUCUCGAUUCGGAUUUGAUAUCACCAGUGAUCCAUAGAUUCCUACCAAAAGAAUGCUUUAAACGCAAUCCUCACUAAAAGGCGGAAGAGGAUUUUAUAAAUAUUACUUAAAAUGUACAACUUUAUAAUUUUUCGAUGUAAAAU